AUGGUGGGCCGGCUGAACCUGCAGGAUGUGCCGGAGCUCGUGGACACGAAGAAGAAGGGCGACGGCGUCCUGGACAGCCCGGACUCGGGGCUGCCGCCCAGCCCCAGCCCCGGCCCCUGGGCGCCCGCGGCGGCGGGGGGCGGCGGGGAGCGCGGCCCGGCGCCCGGAGCGCUGGAGCCCGACGCGGCGGCGCCCGCGGCCCCGAGUCCGGCCUCGCUCCCCACCCCGCCGGCCGCCGCCUGCGCCCCGAGGCUCUGCCCCCUGUCCUUCGGCGAAGGCGUGGAGUUUGACCCUUUGCCGCCGACGGAAGUGAGGUACACGUCCUCCGUCAAGUACGACUCGGACCGGCACUUCAUCGACGGCGUGCGCCUGCCGCUGGGCCUGGCCGUGGCCUCCUGCAGCCAGACCGUCACCUGCAUCCCCGACUGCACCUGGCGCAGCUACAAGGCCGAGCUGCGCUUCGAGCCGCGGCCCCGGCCCGCCCGCUUCCUCAGCACCACCAUCGUCUACCCCAAGAGCCCCAAGACCGUCUACACCACCACCCUGGACUACAACUGCCGCAAGGCGCUGCGGCGCUUCCUGUCCAGUGUGGCGCUCGAGGCCGCCGAGCUGGCCGGCGGGGACUGCCUCUCGGACGAGUGCUGA